AUGGCAUACAUCCACAAUUAUAUUCAUCAUGAUGGUAAACGACUUGAGAAACUCUUUGAGAUUGAAAGAUCAUAUGACAACUUGUCUAUUGUGAACAGCGUUGGAAUUUUAUUCAGUGGGUUGUACAGCACAUAUCAUAGAUAUUGCUUAUUUGCUUCUUAUCCUGGAAGUAGGCUUAUUGUUGAACCCAAAGACCUGAUGCAGAAUCAUGGGGAUCAUGAGUGUUCUAGACCUAAAACCGAUUUUAAGCAUAUAAGGAUUAUACAACAAACUUGGAGAAAUUAUGAGCAAAGGCCUGAAUCUGUGGCAACCAAAAUUUGGAAUGAUCUAAAAGCGGAUGAUAAGAAAUUUUUAGGCAUAGCUCCUCAUAAAGUAAAUUGUUCUGGUGAUUAUGGAUACAUUGACUAUAAAUCAAAAUGA